AUGCCUGUCUCUGCCUCCCUCCGCCAAGAUGGCAGCCAGGAGCGACCUGUGAGCCUGACCUCCACUACCUCCUCGUCAGGCUCCUCCCGGGACAGCCGUGGGGCCAUGGAAGAGCCUAAUGGUUCUGAGGCUUCAGCCACGAAUGGGGCAGGCUCGGCACGCCGGCAGCCUCCCAACAGCAACAACAACUCCAGCAGUUGGCUGAACAUGAAGGGGCCUCUCUCUCCAUUCAACAGCCGGUCUGCAGCAGGGCUCAAGCUCAGCUACCUGGGCCGCGUGGUGCGGGAGAUUGUGGAAACGGAGCGGAUGUAUGUGCAGGAUCUUCGAAGCAUCGUUGAGAGCCAAGAGUUUGAUAUCUACACCCAGUAUUGCAACAACUACCCCAACUCAGUGGCCGCCCUGACAGAGUGCAUGCGGGACAAGCAGCAGGCCACGUUCUUCCAGGACCGGCAGGAGUUGCUAAAGCACUCGCUGCCCUUGGGUUCUUACCUGUUGAAGCCAGUCCAGCGCAUCCUCAAGUACCACCUGCUGCUCCAGGAAAUUGCCAAACAUUUUGAUGAAGAAGAGGAUGGCUUUGAGGUGGUGGAGGAUGCCAUUGAUACCAUGACCUGUGUGGCUUGGUACAUCAACGACAUGAAGAGGAGGCACGAGCACGCAGUCAGGCUGCAGGAGAUUCAGUCACUCCUCAUCAACCGGAAGGGCCCAGACCUGACCAUCUACGGGGAGCUUGUCCUGGAGGGCACGUUCCGCGUGCACCGUGUGCGCAAUGAGAGGACCUUCUUCCUCUUUGACAAAGCCCUGCUCAUCACCAAGAAGCGGGGCGACCACUUUGUCUAUAAGGGUCACAUCCCGUGCUCCUCCUUGAUGCUGAUCGAAAGCACCAGAGACUCACUGUGUUUCACUGUCACCCACUACAAACACAGCAAGCAGCAAUACAGCAUCCAGGCCAAAACCGUGGAGGAGAAACGGAACUGGACCCAUCACAUCAAGAGGCUCAUCCUUGAGAACCACCAUGCCACCAUCCCCCAGAAGGCCAAGGAGGCCAUCUUGGAAAUGGAUUCCUAUUAUCCCAACCGGUAUCGCUACAGCCCAGAGCGGCUGAAGAAAGCUUGGUCCUCCCAGGACGAAGUGUCCACCCAUGUGCGCCAAGGACGCCGGCAGUCUGAGCCGGCCAGACACCUGCUCAGGCAACUCAGUGAGAAAGCUCGAGCGGCAGGAAUGAAGGGGAAGGGGCGCCGGGAGUCUGAAGGCUCCAAGGGCUGCAGAAGGCACAGUGGCCGGUCUUCAACCAGCCCUGAGAAGCGCAUGAGCUUUGAGUCAGUGUCUUCCCUGCCGGAGGUUGAGCCAGAGCCUCAGCCUGGGACAGAGGAGGUAUUUGCUGCCGUGGAGGGUCCCAGCACCGAGGAGAUGCCCUCUGACACUGAGUCUCCAGAAGUUCUGGAAACACAGCUUGAUGCCCACCAGGGACUGCUGGAGGUGGACCAUGUGGGUGACAUAGUGGACUUUGUGGUGGCUGAGAGCUCCGAGGACCUUAAAGCCCUGAGCAGUGAGGAGGAGGAGGACAUGGGGGCCUCUCAGGAGCCCAUGAGCCUCCUGCCACCUUCUGUGCUAGACCAGGCCAGCGUCAUUGCUGAGCGUUUUGCCAGCAGCUUCUCUCGGCGGAGCAGCCUGGCUCUAGAUGAUGGCAAGUCUAGUGGCCUCACGACCCCGCAGCUGGCCAGUCGCAGCAGCAGCAUGCUCAGUCUUGAGGGCAGUGAGAAGGGCCCGGUCCGGUGUGGCAGCACCACAGACUCAUUCAGCUCCCAGCUUCCCCCAGAAGAUGUCAGUUUGGGGGUGGCUGCAGAGAGCAGCCCAUCCAUCAAUGGAACAGAGCCCCCAAGUCCAGGCUGCCCAGCUGAGCCUGAUCGGACUCCUUGCAAGAAGAAGGAAUCUUUGCUGUCCACUCGAGACCGGCUAUUGCUGGACAGAAUCAAGAGCUACUAUGAAAACGCAGAACACCAUGAUGCGGGUUUUAGUGUUCGGCGCCGGGAGAGCCUCUCCUAUAUUCCCAAAGGGCUGGUGAGAAAUUCCGUCUCCAGGUUCAAUAGUCUUCCCAGGCCGGACCCAGAGCCCAUGGUUCCGCUGGGGCACAAAAGACAGGCAGGGUCCCGACCAGCUUCAUGGGCCCCAUUUGACCUCUCAGGACCAGGCCAGGCAGGCACUGGGGAUCCAGCCCCUAUCACAGAUGCUGAGUUCCGUCCGUCGUCGGAAAUUGUGAAGAUGUGGGAGCGCAUGGAGUCUCCAGUGGGGAGCCCUCGGCGGGGCCAGGGCCAGGGCCAGGGCCAGGGCCAGGGCCAGGGCCAGGGCCAGGACCAGGAGAAUGGCUUUGACCUUCACGAACCGCUCUUCAUCUUGGAGGAGCACGAGCUGGGGGCCAUCAUGGAGGAGUCUGCCACAGCCUCCCCAGAGAGCGCCUCCCCCACAGAGCGGCCCAACCCUGCCCAUCUGGCCCGGGAGCUGAAGGAGCUGGUGAAAGAGCUGAACAGCAAUGGCCAAGGGGAACUGGUGACCCCCUUGCACCCCCGCAUUGUGCAGCUGUCCCACAUGAUGGACAGCCAAGUGAGUGAACGUGUCAAGAACAAGGUCUACCAGCUGGCCCGUCAGUACAGCCUUCGGAUCAAGAGCAAUAAGUCAGGGAUGGCCAGGCCACCACUGCAGUGGGAGAAGACAGUUCCAGAGAGGAACGGGAAGAGCUCCACCAUUCCCUGUCUGCAGGAGGAAGCUCAAGAGCCACUGGGUGGCAAAGGUAAGAGAAAGCCCAUGCUGUCCCUCCUCAGCUGUGAGCAGACGAUGGUCCAGGAACACAGCCCCCUCAAGCCCAGCUCGGCCAGGGAGACGUCACCACGGCGUUUCUCCUUCAGCCCCCCUGCUACCAGCCCCAGGAUCCCCUCGCCUGGAUCCCGGUCCUCUGCCCGGAGCCCCCUCAGCCCCUUCGACACCGAGACCUUCAACUGGCCUGAUGUCCGAGAGCUGCGCUCCAAGUAUGCCUCCCUUGAUGAGGCACUCCCGGCCGAGGGCAGCCGGCCCUGCAGCCUGCCUGUCAACCGGAGCCGCUCUGUGCCCGAGAACAUGAUGGAGCCCCCGCUGCCAGGCCGGGUGAGCCGCUGCUGCAGCCUGAGUACCCCGAGGGGCCGUGGAGGUGGGGAAGCCACCCAGCCCCAGCCUCCUGGGUCAUUGCUCCAAGGUGGGAUGCAUGGAGACGAGGGCUUGUACGUCACUGCAGACCUCACCCUGGAGAACAACCAGCGGGUGAUUGUCAUGGAGAAGGGGUCCAGGCAUGAUGGACUAGAGGAGGACAGUGGGGAGGGACCAGGUGGAGAGGGUCAGGGCCAGGAUUUGCAGGCAUCUGCAGAGUGUCAGCUGAAGACAGAUGAGGGGCCCAGAGACCUCAUGGACCAAAGCCAACAAGGCAGAGUGAAAAACCUGAGGGAGAAAUUCCAGGCCUUGAACUCCGUAGGCUGA